GUAUAUGGUACAGACGGUGUAGUAUAUGGUGCAGGUGGUGUAUACGGUACAGACGGUGUAUAUGGUACAGACUGUGUAUACGGUACAGACGGUGUAUAUGGUACAGACGGUGUAUAUGGUACAGACGGUGUAGUAUAUGGUGCAGGUGGUGUAUACGGUACAGACGGUGUAUAUGGUAUAGACGGUGUAUAUGGUACAGACGGUGUAUAUGGUACAGACUGUGUAUAGGGUACAGACAGUGUAUAUGAUACAGAUGGUGUAAAUGGUGCAGACGGUGUAGUAUAUGGUGCAGGUGGUGUAAACCCACUCUGUAUGGAAAGAGUCAGGAGAGACCUUCUGUUAUGAUUUGGAGAUUUAUCAGUAAAACCCAGCAGGAAGGCACCAGGCUUUUACUGUGAAGGUCCCAGCAGGAAGGCGCCAGGCUUUUACUGUGAAGGUCCCAGCAGGAAGGGGUCGUCCAUGGCCUCGGGUUGUUUUAAAGAUGGCGGUGUUUUUUUGACACCGCGGACAGUUCGGUGUUUUUCGCGCCUUUGUGUGGUUUUGCCGCCGUUAAUCCGACGCGGGGAGCGCCGGUUUGACGUCAUGAAUAGCGGGUGACCGUGCAGAUGCCACGUGUGAACCGGACAGCUGUUUUGUUGCUGCUGAUCGUCAGCAGCUCGGUGUUCCUGCUGUUCCAGCUGUACUACUACCGGAAAUACGUCAGCAAGUCUGGUCCCCACCUUCUGAGCCGCACUGGUCACCUGACUGCUAACGACAUCCAAUGGCAAACAGUGAAGAAGUUUCUGGCGUUGGCUCAGCGCUUUAGGCUGCCGCUGUUCCUCGCCGACACUGCCGCACUCACACUGCUCUCCCAGGAUGCUUUGCGGCAGCGUGACCGGCUGGUGCGUGCCCACUGCAGCUUCCUUUGCACUGGACGGCCAAUCAUGUUUGCUGUGCACGCCAAUCUGUGGAAGUAUGACCCCGGCUUCCUAUUGGCUGCAGAACAGAAAGGCUUUGACCUGCUGGAACUGCGAGGAGUGGACCCACGUUUGGCUAGUCUAGACACCCUAUCAGGAGAGGAGAUCCCCCUGCACUUCCUGUUCCGCAACCACGGUUACGCCAUCCAGGUGGUGUUCCUGUACGAGCGCAGCGGGAACUAUCUGUGGCACGGACCGCUGCGCCUCAAAGCCGACAUGGAUCGCAGCUUCGCCCCCUUCAAACUGCUUGACUAUGGACGCCAUGCCGGAGCGUACGACAGGCCGGAGCUGGUCCUGACGGUCCUCGAUGGCAUUGACGUUCGAAUCCCUCGCAAUGUUUCCCACUUUCUGUCUGAGCAGCAACACGCUCGCUUCCUUGAGUGCCGUUACCGUGACGCCCGCAACUUCCUGCAGCUGUACCCUGAUGACUCGUCUCCAGACGCCGUGGACUUUCGGAGGAAUGUGAAGUCAUUGCUUCAUUUAGCCGCUCGAGUCCUCGCUCACCUCGACAUUCCCUUCUGGCUCAGCAGCGGCACCUGUCUGGGCUGGUUCAGGCAGUGCAGCGUUAUCUCGUACAGUCGAGAUGUCGACAUCGGGAUUUUCAUUGUAGAAUUCAGGUCGGACAUCGUUGCAGCAUUCAGAGACGCUGGCCUGUCACUCAAACACAAGUUUGGAAAGGUGGAAGACAGUCUGGAGCUUUCCUUUUUGAGUGACAACGUCAAAUUGGACAUUUUCUUUUUCUACGAAGACGGAGACAUCAUGUGGAAUGGAGGAACGCAGGCGAAGAGCGGCAGGAAGUUCAAGUACGUCUUCCCUCGCUUCUCGCUCUGCUGGGCGGAGCUUCUGGAACUGAAAGUUCGCGUUCCGUGCGAAACUCUCGACUACGUGACAGCGAACUACGGCGUCACCUGGGGCGUCCCCGUGCGGAGCUGGGACUGGAAGCUGUCGCCUAGCAACGUGCAGGAGAAUGGGGUGUGGCCUCCAGCCGAGUGGGUGGAGCUUAUCCAAGUUUACUGAGGAAACACGAGACUGAAAAAUAAUAAACCAGGUCCAAGUGAGACCACGUGAGACCAGAGCAGGUCCACCAGUUGUGUAAAUGUUUGAUUCAGACGCUGUGACUGCAGCCUGUCUUAUUAAAUAUUAAAUCAUCUUUAUUGUUAUUAAAUCUUUACAGGUCACUCUGUUUACACUCUGAACUGUCUGUCAUCACCUUGUCUGUCUGACGUGGAGGUGGAGUCACUUUAAUACAAAACAGAACGUUUGUAUUCAAAGAAACUUUUUAUUUCUCAAA